CUACGUUGGAGUUACGUUGAUAAGUUUUGCUCAAUUCAGUGUUUCCUACGGUAAUCAGACUCGGACUGAGAAUACGUUCAAGAGUGUCUCCAGUAUAAGUUCUCUGGUAUCAUCUGUUUUGCAAAACAAAGUGAUAAACAUUUGGAUACGAGUGGCUCUUAUUUGUUUUUAUCUUUUGAUUUUUAUAAUUAGUUGGAAUAUUAAAGUCCUUCAAAAGCAUUCCUCUUCUGAAUUCGCGUUAGGAACGCAAGUGUUCUAUUUAAAAAAAUCAUACUUCUAACAUAUAUGCUUAAAUAUGUCACUACUGGAUGUUGACUCAUGGUCGAGGGAAUGCGAGUCAUGUGCGACGCUAAAUCAAGGUAUAUUGCUAAAGCUGGAGCAGCGGGAAAAACGACAAAAGAAUUCAGUGGAAUACAAUCGUCUUACAACCGCAAUACAAACCGAACUAAAACAAUUUGAGGGAGAAGUUAAAGAACUUAACCAAAAGCUGGGAUUAUUGGAAGGCGCACGGUCAAUAGAUCGCGAUGAGCUCUUUCGUCGAAGGCAACAAAUUGAUGCUCUGAAAAAUCAAUUCGCCUUGGUUAAUCGCAGAGCAACGCAGGAUACGCGGUGGGAGCGUGCCGAAUUAUUUGCUCAGUCGCCAAACGAUUCAACUAACGAACCAGCUACUUCAUCGCCUAUUACUGAUGAUAUAAAUGAUGUGAACACUCUAAAACAACGACAAAUUGAUAUAUUAGAACGCCAAAAUCGGGGCCUAGAAGUAUUAUCUCAGACAAUUUCAAGGCAAAGAAAUCUCGCUUCACAAUUAGGUCAAGAGGUGGAAAACCAAAAUGAUAUACUGGAUAAUUUAGCGGACACUAUGGAGAGAGUCGAUGCGCGUGUGCAUGUGGAAACGGGAAAUAUUGGAGAAAUAAAUCGUAAAGAUAGCACAUGGGGCUAUUGGCUGAUUAUAAUUUUAUUGUUUAUAGCCAUUGUUAUUACAGCACUAAUUUAAGUGCAUUUGUAUAGCAAAGUAAAGUACGGCACUUAUAAGAUGUCGCCAUAUUAUGUAAGAAAAUGUACACUAUUAUAUAACUGUGACCGUGUUUUGGAAAUCUGAUGGGGAAAAUUACGAAUGUAACAAAGGAUCAACUAUUUGAUGUCUGUAAAUAAAGAAUUGAUUUUAUAUGGUA